UUUCGAGUUCCGCCUCGUAAGCAGAUGUCACCGGAGCCGGGAACCCGCAUUUAGCGCAUCUCACUCGCGCGCUUUUGCGCGUUCAUUCGCGUGUGUGUUUCCUGCGAAAUCUAAACGUCCUGCCAAACGCGAGCGUUUAUCAGUUCCUCCGCGGGAUUUCCGGACGGUUCGGACCGUUCCCUUGUGCAUCAUCGGAAAAUUCAAGCAUCGAUGAAUCGGAACGUUCAUUUACAGCAUUCACUGGAACAUGAUCCUUGAAAAACGCUCGGUGCUGCUUAUCCUCACUCUCUACUUCCUCUGCGCGUUCUGCGAUAACGAUGACGCAUUCGCGAUACAAGAGACGAUUAACACCAUGUCGGCAGGAUCGAGCCGCGAUUUUGGAUCGACGGAAAAUAUCGCAAGCAGUGUGAGCCACGAUCCCGGAGAAUUUACGGAGAAUCCCACGAGCUCGGCAAGCGGCGAUCUUGAAUCUACGGAGACUCUCGCGAGCACCACGACCUAUAAAUCCACCACCAAAUUGCAGACGACCGAUUCCUCGUCGGAAACCACUGAUGGAUCAUCGACCGUCACGCAGACCACGAAAUUUACCACUUUUGUUCCUGAAAGCACAACUUUCGCAGAUAACAGCACGAUGACUUGCGAUCCUGCUACGUGGCCGAUAAACGCGAGCGCGGAAACAAAGGACGUGCUUCACUUGACGGUAGAUGACAAGAGUAUGGAAUGGAUCGCUCUCUCAUGGGAAUCGCCGUGCGCGGACGCGACGAACGUUUCGGUGCUAUACUCGGUCGAGAGAUACGACGGUGAAAAUUACAUCCAGAUUAACGAGACUGCCACGCGACACAACGCUACCAAUCUCGAUCCGUGCACGCAGUACACGUUUAUCGUGAGGGUCAUCACAGAAUACUGGAUAUCCGACGGUUUUAAUCUGACGGAAACGACCGAUUACACUAUUUCCGACAUCGGGGACGUGCUGGAUCUGACGCACAACGUUAGCAUGAACGUUAUCGAACUCGCUUGGAGAGCGCCCGUGGAACACGCGAGAUGCAUAUCCAGUUACUCCAUCACGCAGUGCGACGGCAGUUCAUCGGCGUGCAGCAAGAUCAACGUUUCCGCCACGAACUACACCGCGAGCGAUCUUGAGCCGUGCACGGAGUAUCAUUUCACCGUCAAGACGCUGACGCCGACCGUGGAGUCCGCCGGUGUAAACGAUACCGCGAAGACGACUUCGCCGAAGCUGGCAGCGCCGGGGUCGUCGACAGUUACACCUGGCAACUUUUCUCUGAGCGUCGAAUGGAAGCCACCCAAGGUUGGCGCAAGCUGCCUGAAGCACUAUCGCGUCACUGUAGACCCCAGCAAUUCCACCUUCUACACCACGGAGACGAACAUAACGAUCCCGCAUCUGCACGCGUGCAAGGCGUAUCACGUGCACAUAACUGCCGUGAACGAGAACGACGUCGAUGGGGACACGUUGCCCGUGAACGGCGAGACGCUUGGUUCCAAAACGAAUCCACCGGUAUCGCACUCGUUCUUAGCGAGCGCAAACAACAUCUCGAUCAUUUGGAGCAUUAAUAAGGAGAACAAUCACUGCUUGCUAACGGAUGUAGUAACCAUGUGCAAUUGCACUGUGAGGAACGGGACAGGCUACGAAAGCGUCGACAACAUCUCCAAGACUAAUAUAACCACGAGAAACGCCACUAUCAUUAGCGGAACUACCGUCGUCACGGACCUGAGUCCUUUCACGACUUACGUCUGCUCGGCGUUCACCAUUAAUAAUGGAGAACACAGUGACCCUAGCGAAUUAAUUCAGGCCACGACAUUGCAAGAUGUGCCGUCAGAACCGAUUGUGCUUCCUGUAAAACACAGCGGGGACUCGUGGUUCCUGCUGACCUGGGAGUCGCCGAGACGUCUGCCUGGUAUCUUGGCGGAGUUCGAGAUCAGUCUCGAAUGGGAACCGCUCUACCCUGUUCCACGUUGGUGCGCCGAGGAGGAACCGUUAAAGCCCAUAAGGGUGAAUGGAAACAUGUACGAUUACAAUUAUACCACGGCGAGAGCGUUCGCGAAUUACACGGUUCGGAUGAAGGCGAAAACGGUGGGAUGGGGCAACCCCAGUGAGCCGCAGACAUUUCGCACCAAACACGGAAUUCCAGAAGCAAUCACGAAAAUGUCCGCACCGAUCAUCAGGCCGAGCGCGAACGACUCAAACGUGCUGGACACGAUCCUGACGUGGGGCCCGCCGUGCUCGUUGAACGGUGUACUCGAAGGCUACAACGUAUCGUUUUACGGCACCAGAGUCUGUGUGAAAUGCAAGGACCAUAAUUUCUCUACCAUGCAUAUAUGCACAGGAUCCAACAAUCACAUGUGCUCGAUAAAUCUGAACGAGCUGAGAGGGGAGUACAAUUACACCUUCGAGGUAUCCGCUAAAGUUCUGUAUAUCGAUACUCCUGGACCGUCGAAGAGUCAAGUCGUGUUGUACCCUGCAGGCAUACCGCCACGGCCGUCGCAGGCCUACGUCCAGACGAUCACCAUCGAUGCGUACAAGGCGCACAGAUCCACAACCACGGCCACCGUCCUGCUGCCGCUUUUCUCCAACGCAAACGGCGACAUCAAGUAUUACGCCGUGAUGGUGGCGAUGGCGAGGCACAACGAGCAGUCGAGCGCGAGGUUCGAGCUGGUCACCAACGACACAUGGCCGGACACGUCCGCCUGGAAGGAAGCGAUGACGAGCGACUUCGCGAUAGCGUACCAAGCGACGUGGAAGAACUGGUAUCCCUAUCCGGACCAGAUCGCCGAUUACGGUCAAAUGAGAGCAAUCAAGUACACGGUCGGCGAGGACGUCUCGUGCAAGGAUAUCUCGUCUAAAACGGACAAGCCGAUGUACUGCAACGGCCCGCUCAAGCCGGACACGUGGUACCACGUGAGAAUGCGGGCGUUCACCAACGGUGGCUACGCCGACUCCGACGUCUUCCUGAUAAAAACGAAGUCGGAGCUGGACGUCGCGCUCGUCAUCGGGGCCGUUUUCGGCAUCCUCGUUGUGGGAAUAGUGGUGACGAUGAUGCUGCUCGUGCGAAAGUGCUCACCGUACAUAGUGUUGCGACGAUUUUUGCACUCUGACAUGCCCGGUUCGCCAGUGCCGGCGCCGUUCACCAGAAAAAAAUUCAUCAGCCACUGUCAACAGCUGAUCGACAAUCCUGGGAAGCUGAGCAAUGAAUUCCGGUUGCUUCAAACUCUCAGCGUCGACCUACAGAUGCCGACUAACACCGCUUGUCUGCAGGCCAACCGAAAGAAAAAUCGCUACUCCGAUAUCUUACCUUAUGAUUUCUCAAGAGUAAAACUAGAAGUGAUAGACAAUGAUCCCAACACGGAUUACAUCAACGCAUCGUUUAUAAGAGGAUACACGGGAGAGGACGAGUAUAUAGCCUGCCAGGGUCCAAAAGAGGAAACCACUUAUGACUUUUGGAGAAUGGUCGACCAGUACAACAUUAAUAUCAUAAUCAUGCUGACGCAAUUGGUCGAAAAGGGCAAAGAAAAGUGUCAUCAGUAUUAUCCGACGAUCAGGGAGACCUUCCGGUACGAGAACAUGACGAUACGAUGCACGAGCGAGUUGGAUUACAGGACGCACACUCAAAGAACGCUCGUUUUACAGAAGGAGAAUAAAAAGAGAAAUAUCACGCACUUACACUUCAAAGACUGGCCUGAUCACGACGUCCCGGAGGAUUUCGACGCGAUGAUCAAUUUCUGCCAAAUCAUGCGCCGCAAUAUCAGCGCCAAUAAAGGUUUCAUCGUCGCUCAUUGCAGCGCAGGAAUAGGCAGGACGGGCACGUUAAUAACGAUAGACAUUCUUCUGCAACAUCUUCGAGAUAAUAGGAAAUUGGACGUCUUCGGCGCCGUGUAUCGAUUACGACAUAAUAGAAUAAAUAUGGUGCAGAGAGAAAGCCAAUACGCUUAUAUAUAUAAUUGUAUAAAACAAGUACUAAAGAAUCCGUACUUUCUAAAAACGUAUAAACCACCGCCGGUCGAUCCAGUCUACGAAAAAGCCGGUACUAACAACACCAAAGAUACAAUGAACUCUGACAUGAAUCUAGUUAGCAAUCUUGAAAUAUCGAAAGAGUACAGUGCAUCCACGGAGUUCUCGGAAUCAAUCUGCAAUCUCUCUUCCCGGUCUACCAUUUCUUCACCCGCGAGACAUCAGAAAAGCGCGACAAUUAGGGGUCUGAGACACUACAGAUCGAUGGGUGUCAUAAACAUAAAGACUCGUCGCAUCACCCUAGGAAAAUCCCGCACUUUGGAUUGUGUUUUUUAUAAAGCGCUCAGAGGCUCGUCGCACGAGCUGAACAGAGAAAGCGUAAGGCAGGAGAGCCUCCCGUUAUUAAGUUGCUCAAGAUCAGCUGACGUACUUGACGACUGCGUGCAAUUCGCGGACGGACAACACGUGAAAGAGACGAUUGAGUCAUAGAGUUUACGCGCGUUAAAGUGUAAUCGGCGAGUACACCGAUUAGAUUAUUAUAUUGUGUAACUGUAUAUUGUACACGUGCGAUAAAACGAAUUCCAGGAGCUCUUAGUAUUAGGGAAUCGACACGUUACUUCACGCAUCUUUUUUUUAUGACAGAGUUAUCACGGACAUGUGUGAGCAUUCCCAUGUAUACAAGUGUAGAGAGAGAGAGAGAGAGCACAUGUCAGCAGAGUGUAUUAUGUGAUAUUGAGUGUAACACUUAUCAUGGUUACCUGACACGCGUCUUGAGCAAUCUAGUCCAUUACAGUUGGAAAAUAUAUGUUGUGGAUCACAAAGGCAGAGAGGUCGCGUAAUUGGACAAAGUUACGAGUAUUAACCGAUAUUAAACGAGAAACUGUCAGGUUCUCUAGGAUAACGUAAUCGGUAAGAACUGUACAUAUAUAUAUAUAUAUAUAUAUAUAUAUAUAUAUACGUAAGAGUUCAUGCAUUUUACAUAUAUCUUAUUUGUACUAGUAUUUAUUUACAAGUCACAAAAGAAAGCGUACACAAUUUGCUUGAAGAAUCAAUCGUUCGUUCGACUCGUUCGAUACAAUUCGCUGUUGCCUUAACGCUAGACGAACGUAGUAUUAAUAUUAAUGCCAUUAUACUUUCUGAAUAAAUUAAUAUCGAUA